AUGGUUGUUAAUGCAGCACUUAAACGACGUCGACAAAAUACAUUGGCUCAAUUGGUUAUUGCUAAAAAUACCAAUAUUGAAUUAAUUAAAAAAUAUGAGGAAAAAAAAUUAGAAGAACAUAGAUGUGAACAAAAAAUCAUUGACAAAUGUGCUGAAAUGUCGAGUAAUCUUCAACAACGUAUGGAUGAAUUAAUUGCAAGUGGUUCAGUUGCAGCCACAUCAAAAAAAACUGAAAAAAUGCUUGAAAAAGCUCAUCAUUGGAGUCAAGAAAUGACAGAUAGAUUAGCAACAAUAUUAUGUUUACAAGAAUCUCCUGAACAAUCUCGCGCAAGUUUAACAAUGCCUGCUGCAACUAAUAAUAAUAAUACACUUCUUGAUACAACAAUAGCUCGUCGUCAAGCAGCAGCUGCUCAAUUACAAUUAGCAGGACUUUCAGCAUCAUUUUAUGUUCAACAAGGUCGUAAAUCACUUUCUGUUUCCAUACAAAAAAGUCCACGUACACGUCAUUUAUAUAAAAAUAAGAAUAAUAAUAAAUCUAUGAUUGAUGAAAAUGAUAUUAAUAAUGACAAUAAAGCAAUUGAAGAUAUAUCACAAAUGCCUACGGAUGAAAUGAAUGAAGAAGGAGAAACAACUAUUGAACCAGAAUCAAAUCGAACUCCAACACCACCACCUCCACCCUUGCCUGAUUUUUAUGUUGUUGAAGAUGGUCUUAAUUAUACAAAAAAAGGUGAAAAAAAACAUUUUACGGUUCAAAAUCGAUAUGGACAAUUUAAAAUGGUGCGUAUUAGUGGUGUUACUGAACCAUUUCAAUGUAAAGCACGUGUUAUGAAUUUGCCUCCGCAUUCACAAAUGCCUUUAUCAAUUGCAUUUUUACCAACAAUAAAACAACGUGGUAUGACAUUUUCAUGUACAAUUACAUUACGUACACCUUCCGAUGAUGGUCAAGAUGAUAUUCUUCUCGAACGAUCUCUUACUGGUCAAUGGUUAUAA